GAUGAAACAGGUACCAGACAAGGAGGAACUGCCAUCAGCUGGUUGAUACCCCAUCAAGGCUGCGUCAAUGGGCUUCCGUGCACUUGCAAAAUCGGCAGGUCUUCUCCGGGAAGUGAAGAACAAACAAAGCUCCAACCUUGUGAGGCGAGUGGAGCCUGCAGAAGCGCGGUCAGCAGAAACAGCACUGUGGGUGCCACAUCCAAGGACUGGAAUAUACUACCCCGAGGGCUUCGAAUGGGUCAUGGAAGACAUCCCCGGCGGCGCCGCUUCAUUCCAGCAGUCGUGCUGGCUCAGGAGCGGCGAGGCAGCGACGGCAAGCUCUCCCACGUCGAAUCAUGCCGCUUCCCCUGAUCGUCCAUUUGUUUAAAUGCAUGAGAGGCUUUGAGCAGGAAGAAUCACUGAAAGACGCAGUUGUAAAGGUCAUCGCCGUCGUGGCAGGUCCAUGGAUGCUAUGGCACACUCAGCAGCUGUUCUGAUUCCCAAGUGCAGGCGCUGCAUCCACCGACAGAUCAGGAACAAUGUCUGCCUUUCUUUAUCCUUGGCUUUCUCGCUUCUGUUGGCUCUACUAAAAUAAAAGCUGCCCGUGAUUGUACCUUUAGAACACUCUUCUAAUAGUUUUAGGCUUGUUGCAAGUAUUAUCCUACUGGUUCUAGUCUUCAGCAAAAAGAAACAGCUUUAAGUUAUGUUUGCCAUACUAUAUGGGGAGGAGCAAGCAUGGAAGGUCAAAACAUCGAUGUUAUCAGCAACUUAUAUUUCAAUUGGAUUAUUGUAACAUCCUGCAUUUUAGUAUUUAGAUAAUAGCCAAAAAUCACUCCAAAUUUGAACUUUUUAUAAAUAGGACAACUAAAA